GUGCAUUCGUAAAUGUCUUAUUAUAAUGGCGGAUAAGAAUCAAUUUGACGGAGAGAGUGAAGAAAUUAACCGGGAAAACAUUCAAAACGGAGGUGACAUCUCUAAUAAUAACUAUACAGAUUCAGUUGAAGUAUCAGAAAAUCCAGAGAGAGAAAUAACCCAGACAGAUCAUCUCAAUAAGCGACUUUUAUCAGCGUUUUUAGACAAGUUGAAUGAUAAAGGGGCAGAUAACUCUAAUACAUUAGUAGAAGAGGAGGAUUCUUGGGAAGAAGAACAACCAGGACAUUGAUUAUCGAUUCCUCUGAAGAUAUAUGGAGAUGGCAAAACAAAUAGGACGAGUAAUUGUUAUCGGGCUUAGUGGGACAACAAAUAGUGGAAAAUCUACUCUUGCUGGAAAACUUGUGAACAAAUUACCUAAUAGUGUAAAAAUUUGCCAAGAUACAUAUUUCCUGUCACCGGAUGACCCAAGAUUGGAGCCAAUUUAUAUACCUGAGGUUAAUCAUCAUAACUGGGAAGAUUUCAGGUCUUUAGAGAUGGACAAGAUGGUGAAUGAAGUACAACUAAUGAUAUCAAGAUAUGAACAGCAGGGCAGGGGAGAUAAUCACAACAUGCUUAUUAUUGUAGAAGGGUUCUCUAUCUUUGGCUGGAGUCCACUCACUAAAUUGUUUGACAAGAAAUAUUUCCUAUCUGUAGACAGAGAUGUUUGUUUUGAAAGGAGAAAAUAUAGAGAAUAUAAUCCCCCUGAUGUACCAGGAUACUUUGAAAAAGUAGUUUGGCCCAUGCACCUUAAAUAUUUAAACACUUUAAAAGAACAGGAAGAUAUUGUAUAUCUCGACGGAAAUGAGCAGUCUUCAUUGGACAAAAAUAUUUCCAGAAUAUUGUCAGAUAUAUCAAAGAUAAUGACUUGUGAUGAGAAAACACCUUCAGAUGUAUGAAAAUAGUCAUUAUGUCUGUGCCAAAGUACUUGUAUGAUGUUGUUAAAUAUAUUGUUAUGCCAUGACAUCUAUUUUAUGUUCUGUUUUGAACUGAA